AUGUCGAAGCGCGAGCAUGCGAGAUUGAACGGGUCAGGGGGGGUUAACACUUCCAGGCAUAAGCGACACAGAGGACCAGACGGAUCGUCCUCGGGCUUGGAUAUCACAAUGUCAGAUCCCAUAGAUGCCAAGAAAGUAAAUGGAGCGCAUAGUGGAAGGCCAGAGGUGAAGGAGCAGGGACUGAAGAUUUGGACGGCGGUGAAAGAUGCGGUGAAAGACGGGCGGUCUCUUUCGUACGAUUUUCUUCACAAACCUCCGCGGCGCGACUAUCCAGACUACUAUGAAUUCAUCAAGCACCCGAUCGCGCUGGACGAUAUCAAGAAGCGCCUCGACAACGGCAGCUAUGCCUCUCUCGGAGCCCUCAAGGACGACUUCGAGCUUCUCGUUGAGAAUGCAAAACAGUACAAUAUGGCAGAGAGUCAGAUUGUCCAAGAUGCGAAGGAGUUGAUGAGAAUUGUUCAUAGACUGUACAACAAGGUGGUCCCGAAUGGUGACGAUGAAGAAAACGGCAAUUCUUUAGAGCACUUAAUGAAGACGAGGAUAGACAGGUUGAUUAAGAAGAAGGGUCUAGGAGAUCGUGUUCUUUCUACGGAAUUUAUGGAGUUUCCUGACAGGAAACUGUGGUCUUCCUAUUACAAGACUAUCAAGAAGCCUCAAUGUUUCAACAAUGUCCAGCAACGCAUUAAGAACAAAGAGUAUCAUACAUCUGCUCAAUUUGCCGCAGAUAUCGAACUCAUCUUUUCCAAUGCGAUGACGUUCAACCUGGAGCAUACGCAGAUCUGGGAGGAUGCAUUAACACUCAGAGAUACUUUCCGUCAACUCAUGUCAGAUCUGCCUCCUCCGCAUGCUCUACAAGAAUACACCAAACCUUCGAACAAGAUCAAGAUCAGACGACCUCAGCCUGCGCAACCGACUGCGUCUACUUCGACACAGGCAGCGAAGCACGAAUCAGGCUCAUCGUCCCUCCUUCUCCGUGUCCCAGCUGCACAUCCCGCAACUUCUGCCAAAACUGCUUCUCAGGGACCUGCUAUUGCUCCAGCACCUCCGCCUCCUACACUUCCUGUAGCACCUAACAAGGUUGCGCCGAAGGUAUCGGCUCCCGCCCCGCACAAAGCUUCCACUCCUCAAGUUCAAGCACAGGUCAAGCGAGCAACGCCCCAACCCCCCGUCCAGACGGUCUCAUUCAUCAAUGCGACCCCAUCCCAUUACCCUCAAACUGCCCAACCAGCAUAUGUUCCUCCAGCCCCCGUUGUUGCGCCCUUGGCCACCGCAGCCCCUCCCGUUCUUCGACCCAGUUCAGCAGUGAAUGCCCACUCAACAUCUCACUCGCCCGCCCCCGUUGUGCUUCCACUAAGUCAUCAGUUGAAGUCAGUAAUGCUCCGAAUACAACCGAAAGAUCGGGUUUUGACACUUGAUCGUCGAGAUGGGGUCAAGAGCUGGGCAGUGCGACUCGUCCCCGGUGAGACAAGCGUCCUAGUCAGCGAUGUCACGUACAUGCAAGACGAAGAGGACGACAGCAGCGACGAAGAAGAUGCCGAUGCAGACAAGCAUGAAAAGGAUGAAGACGAUAUGGACGUAGAUGUCGAGAAGGAAACACCAUCCCCCCCCAGGAAUGGGAAAAAGAAGGUAAAGACCAGGGGCCGCGGCCGGCCACCAAAGGCUUCCACCGUCGCUGCGAAGGCUGCCCAAGCUGCCGCUGCUGCCAAAGCAGAAAAAGCGGCGAAGAAGAAGGCUGUAGCAAAGCUCGGGGAAAUACAGCUGAAGCUGAACACCUUCGUGGUCAAAGAACAACCCGAGAAGCCGGGUGAAUGGAGUGUCUACCUACCGGUGGGUUCGAAUGUCAUCGAAGUUGGUGAAGUCGGAGGGAUGAUUUGGAAGGUGUAUGCCGAAAGACUGGGUGAUGUCUAG